GCUGGUGAGGGCCGAGCGCGGCGUGUACCUCUAGGAAGUUAGUUGGUGAAACCCAGGUAGCGGUGAAGCGGCGGCACUGCUGUCCUAAUGGCGACGGGGAAAGCUAGCAGCAGCGACGGGGAAGGGCCAGAGGUCGAGACCUCGGUCACCUAUUACCGGUUGGAGGAGGUGGCGAAGCGCAAUUCAUCGAAAGAAAUAUGGCUGGUGAUCCACGGGCGAGUCUACGAUGUCACCCGCUUUCUCGAAGAGCAUCCUGGAGGAGAGGAGGUCCUGUUGGAACAAGCUGGUAUCGAUGCAAGUGAAAGUUUUGAAGAUGUAGGCCACUCCUCUGAUGCCAGAGAAAUGCUAAAGCAGUACUAUAUUGGUGACGUGCAUCCGUGUGACCUUAAAACUGAUAGUGGCAAGGACCCUCUGAAAAAUAACUCGUGCAAAAGUUGCUGGUCGCUUUGGGUCCUCCCGAUCCUAGGCGCGGUUCUCUUAGGCUUCCUGUACCGUUACUACACGUCCGAAAGCAGAUCCUCCUGAGGAGGCCUUGGUGGAGCCUGGAAAGCACAGCACGUGGGAGUGAAACCAGAGACUUGCUUUGGGGGCUGCAGAAUUGUCCACCUCUUGAAUCCUGCCAGUUGUAUACUUUCCUGUGGCACCAAGGCAGCUGGCCGGAUAGCCACCGUGGACCUCGACCAGUGCCCUUCUUCUCCCAGAGCCUUAUCCCAAAAGCAUUUGCUCCCAUUGCUGUGUUCUUCUCAACAUUUCCCUCGUCCACAGCUCGCCACAAGUACCUGUCCAUUGAAAAACUUGUUCACGAUUAUAAUUGGUAUAUUAUGGUUAUAUUGCCAUUUGUAAGAAUGCCUGCGUUCCAAUAUUUUAAAUGUAUACCACACCAUCGCAGUCAGGCAGCACCUUCUGAGUUUUCCAUCUUGAUUUUAAGUAAAUACUAAGCUUCUAAAUGUUCACA